AAACAGGGAUGUACCUGGUAAUUCAACCCACUGACGCGAACAGUAAAUCUCAUUUCGCUUACCCGUCAGUUUUCUCUUCCAAUUGCAUUGAUUCUCUUUAGCCGACUAAGUCACAGCUAGCCCACACUUUCAACUGUUGAAAUUUUUGUCCCCACCUAAUAAAAUAAAUAAUUAAUCCACAACAAGACGGAAGUAACAUCUCUGCUUCGAAGAAAUGAAUACUGACUCAAGGGAACCAUCUCCAAACCUUCCACUUGGCCGCCUUUGCACUCGGCUAAUAUCACACAGAAAACCAUAUUGAUCGUUUCAAUUCUACGAUCAUUUCACAGACAAUUCUGUAAGUUGUUAGUUUUCUUUCGUUGAAUUUAAUCAAGUCAGAAUCACGUAGUUGCGAUUUCAAUUUACAGGAGUGUAAUGUUAAGGUUUCCAUUGAUUCAGGGGUUAAAAAACUAGGUUUAGUACUAGGAGUUCCUCUGAGUUGAAUUGGGUAUAGUCAGAAACAAUAUCCUCUGAUCUGAUUGGGGAUCGGGAUAUUAGGUAUACAUACAAUUGGGAAUAUAGGUAAUUGAUAUGCAAAUAAUGGGAGAUAGGAUUAUGGGUAUAUAAAAAAAUGGUAAGUACGAUUCCAAGUAUGCUAAACAGUGCGAGUUAGGUUUUUGGAUACUGGAAAUCAGGGUGCUGGGUAUACCAAAAAAAAACUGGGAAUUAGGAUGCUGGUUAUACAAAUAAUUGGAUAUUAGGAUUCUAGGUAUAUAAGUACUGAACUUGUUUGUACUCUCUUGUGAGUAUGCAGAUAGCAGCAGAUAUAUAGGUUCAUUCAGGUCGUUUAUGCUCUUGACUUAUCAAUACGACCCUAUAGUCGUAUUUUAUUGCUUGAGGUCCUGUUACGGAGUCAAGAAGAAUAAGGGCAUCAUACAAUCACAAAAAUAUAAAAUUUCAAAUGGAUCCUUACAGGAAAUAUGAUAAUGGGAAUUUUGGGCAUACUGGAUCCAAUUAUUACCCCAAUCCUCCGUACGCACCACCUCCUCAUUCAGCUUAUCCACCAGGACCACCACCACCAAAUCCAUACGAAUAUCAGGGAUAUAGGCCUGAUCCUUAUUGGCAACCCCCACCUCAUCAGCCUCCUCCUGCAAAUUAUGGUCCCCCUCAGCCACCCUCGUUGCAAUGGUCAACACCCUCAGCUUCUUUCUCUCAAAACCACCCUCAUCCUUACAGCCACCAGGGAAGUUUUCAGCAUUCUGAUAACUCAUACCACCAUCAGGGAAGUUUACAACAUCCUGAGAGCUCGUACUACCGACAGGAAAGCUUUCCUCAUGAUGGCUCAUACCACCAUCAGGGGAGUUUUCAGCCCGAUGGCUCAUACCACCAACAAAAUUCUUCUUAUAACCAAUAUGGACCUUCAUCCUCCAUUCCACAUCCCCAUAUUGACCACCAAGCUAGUAUCCCCCCAUCCUAUCAGGCAGCGGCUUCUAAUCUGGAGACAGUUGCCCCUAGCACGUCUUAUCCAUCUGCACCACUGUACCCAUUGCUGGAUUCAAUGUCGUCAAUGCACUUGUCAGACCGCCCUCAACCUGCUGAAUCCUCACCUCCUGCAGGAUCCUUUCACAAUCCCAUUUCAAUGCCACAUUACACUUCACAGAACAUUGACUAUUCCAGUCAAUCUUUUGCAAGCAAUAAUGGAUCAGUUUCAGCCCAUUCAUUGCAUUAUGGACAACAUUCACUGGGUUCUUAUGACAGCAGUUUAUCGUCUGAUUUAUCUCCGGGACAAUUUGGCUCGCAAGAUUAUGAUAAACUUCAGGUUGUGCCAUAUGAACCUUCAGGUACAUCUCUGAGGUUUGUCCUGUUACAUGGGACACUGGAUGUUUGGGUUUAUGAAGCAAAAAACUUGCCCAACAUGGAUUCUUUCUCGGAAAAUGUUCGGAAGAUAUUUACGAACACACCUUCCGGUAAAACUUCUGUAAAAAUAGAAGAUCAUAUAUCCCAAAAAAUAAUAACGAGUGAUCCAUAUGUGACAAUUUCUCUGUCCAGUGCAAUAGUUGCGAGGUCUCGGGUGAUUAGCAAUAGCCAGAAUCCUGUAUGGAAUCAACAUUUCUCUAUUUCUGUUGCACACAAUGUUGCUGAGGUGCUUUUUUAUGUCAAGGACAGUGACUUUGUUGGUGCAGAACUUAUUGGUGAUGUUGCAAUACCUGCAGAGAAACUCAUGUCUCGUCAGAAAAUAGAGGGUUGGUUUCCUGUGUUAGGCAACAAUCGGAAGGUCUGCAAGGAGGGAGCUGCACUUAAGCUCUCAAUGCAAUUUUUCCCAAUAGAAAGUCAAGUGAUGUACAGAUUUGGAAUUGGUGCCGGACCAGACUAUGCUGGUGUUCCCAACACAUAUUUUCCUCUCAGAAAAGGUGGGAAAAUCACUUUGUAUCAGGAUGCUCAUAUGCAUGAUAAUCUUCUUCCUCCUGUUCAACUUGAUCAUCAAGUUUGGUAUGAAAGUGGAAAAUGUUGGCAGGAUAUUUGUGAGGCUAUUGUACAAGCUCGACGGUUUAUAUACAUUACUGGAUGGUCUGUAUAUCACAAGAUUAAACUGGUGCGUGGAAGUGGAAAUUCAAGUUUGCUUCAUUCGGACUCCACAUUAGGGGAUCUUCUCAAGUUCAAAUCACAAGAAGGCUUGCGGAUACUCUUACUUGUGUGGGAUGAUCCUACAUCAAAGGAAAUUCUUGGGAUAAAGACUGAAGGUCUCAUGGGAACACAUGAUGAAGAAACCCGAAGAUUCUUCAAACACUCAUCUGUUCAAGUCUUACUUUGUCCUCGAAGUGCUGGAAAAAAACAUAGUUGGUUUAAACAGCAGGAAGUGGGCACCAUCUUCACACAUCAUCAAAAGUCAGUACUUCUGGAUUCAGUGGCUGUAGGCAACAGAAGAAAGAUUACAGCUUUCCUUGGAGGACUUGAUCUUUGUGAUGGACGUUAUGAUACUCCAGAACACUCUUUAUUUCGAACUCUGCAAACUGUUCAUCAGGAUGAUUAUCACAAUCCAACUUUUACGGGAGGUAUAGAUUUUGGUGGACCAAGAGAGCCAUGGCAUGAUUUGCACUGCAAAAUAGACGGGCCUGCAGUAUAUGAUGUUCUGACAAAUUUUGAGCAACGCUGGACUAAGGCAGCAAAGCGUCAUGGCCUUGGGAAACUAAAACGAUCGAGUGAAGAUUCACUUCUGAAAUUAGAUCGACUUCCAGAUAUCAUAGGCAUCUCAGAGUUAAACAUGUUUAAUGAAAAUGAUCCCGAGACAUGGCAUGUGCAGAUUUUCCGAUCAAUUGACUCAAGUUCUGUCAAAGGCUUUCCAAAGGACACAAUGGAAGCUGAGGCUGUGAAUCUUACCUGCGGAAAAAAUGUGGUCAUAGACAUGAGCAUACAUACAGCUUAUGUUGAAGCAAUCCGAUCUGCACAGCACUUCAUCUAUAUUGAGAAUCAGUACUUCCUUGGAUCUUCAUACAAUUGGGCUUCACACAAUGCCUUAGGUGCCAACAAUAUGAUUCCAAUGGAACUUUCUCUGAAGAUAGCAGAAAAAAUUAGAGCGGAUGAGAGAUUUGCAGUAUAUAUUCUGGUGCCAAUGUGGCCAGAAGGUAAUCCAACAAGUCUUGCAAUGCAGCGGAUUCUUUAUUGGCAGGGACAGACAAUGCAGAUGAUGUAUGAGACUAUUUCCAAGGCUUUGAAAGAAGCUGGUCUUGAAUCUACACAUCAUCCACAAGAUUAUUUGAACUUCUUUUGCCUUGGGAAUCGUGAAGGAAAGGACCGGAAUGAAGCAUCAUUUAAAAGUACACCUCAAGAAAAUACACCUCAUGCUCGAGCUCAAAAGAAUCGCCGUUUCAUGAUUUAUGUCCAUUCAAAGGGCAUGAUUGUAGAUGAUGAGUACAUCAUUCUGGGGUCAGCAAACAUUAAUCAACGCUCCUUGGAUGGGUCAAGAGAUACAGAGAUUGCUAUGGGCGCAUAUCAACCUCAAUAUACAUGGGCUAAAAAGCGAGAUCAUCCACAUGGUCAGGUAUAUGGCUAUAGAAUGUCUCUUUGGGCAGAACACCUUGGAAUGAUGGAGGAUUGCUUUAAUUAUCCAGAAAGCUUAGAAUGCGUGAGGAGAGUCAGGGGUAUCUCUGAAAGCUACUGGAAGCAAUUCAGUUCUGAGCAGGUGACUGAAAUGAAGGGUCAUCUCAUGAAAUACCCGGUGAUGGUAGAACCAAGUGGUAAAGUGAAGCCAUUGCCUGGAAGUGAGACCUUCCCUGACAUUGGAGGAAACAUCCUUGGGACACUGGGGACACCAGCCUUUGUCCAAGAAAACCUAACUAUUUAAUUUUGUUCCUUUUUAACCCAAGUUUGAUGUUUUACUUGAGUUAUUAAAAUUCUUACACCAGACCCCUUCUUACAAAAAUGAUAAUUAGUCCAUUACAUUGCCAUUGUACCUUAGAUCCUGGUUAUCUGAACAUAACACUUCAGCACCUGGAUAUCUGAAUAAAUAAUUGGCCAGCAUUUCAAGAAUCGAGUAUAAAAAGAAGGCACUUUUGAGAUUA